GGGGUCUGGCUUCACUGAGGGGAAUGCCCUGACUAAGCCAUUAGAGCCUUGAGUAUUAUCACCCUAGUGUGCAAGGAGAGACCGUCUCCCCAUGCUUGUGGGAGAGUGAUUGGGAUUUUCCAUUCGGUGUCAAGGCACCGCAGGCUGUAAAAGGCAGGUUGGUUCUGUUUAGGAGACCCUAACCUAGUUCAGUCCAGCGUCUCAGGACUGCAGCUGGAGCUAUGGCGGGUACAGGUGACUAGAGGCCAGGGGUAGCACAGGGAGAGAUGUUGAGGAAGUGCAGAGACAAGUUCACUGACUGAAUGACAGAAUGAGCUGAUGACAUCACUACCACGGGGCCAAGGGUGGGGGGAGGGGUCAGCAGGGAGAGGGCUGGUUGUGCCGAGCCAGCAGUAGAUGUUUAUAUUUAGCCAGGGAGAGGAAAAGAGGGGGUCAAACUAGAGAGAGGUGGGGGAUCUGUUUGUCAUAAUGCCUUACCUCCUGCGUCCAUCAGGGGUUGAGGGCUCCUCAGGUAUCUUUUUUGGGGUAGGGUCAUAUGUCAAACCAAGCUGCUGCAGCACUGAAGUGUAGAUAUUAGGGAUCAAUGUUCUAGAGAUGUCCUUUGUCAGAUAGAAUAAGAUAAUCUGCUAUAAAUAAUGUGCCAGCAGAAUCAGACAUUCCUAUGUAUGUGACAGUGCACACACACAGCGUGUUGCAUGCCCCCACGCUGCAGGGCUCGGCUGGCAGUUAAAUAAAGCAGCAUGCCACAAGUGAAGGAAUGAGAGAGAGGCAAAGAGGGAAGGGAGGGUGAGAGAAUGACAGAAAGGAGGAAGAGGGAGGGGCAGAGGUGCGGGGGAGGGAGAGGAGAUUUAUUUCCACAGCUGAGUGCUGCCCCUCUCCUCUCUGCCUUUGCGUGGAUCUGGGCUAGACGGCUGAGAGGCGGAGAGUGAGGAGACAACCAAGGUGAAUAGUGAGGGGAAGAAGGGAAUAAACUGAGUCCAGGAGGAGGAGUGCUGAUAUGGAUGCUUUAGCUCUAGAGGCCACCAGCCCGAAGAAGGCGGCUAACGGGGCAGCGGGUGCCGCCCCGCCGCCGUCCGCCACCCCUGCCAAGCGUAAGCCUGCUAAGAAAGCUAAAAAAGCUGUUGUUUUCUUUGAGGUGGAGAUACUGGAUGCCAAGACUAAGGACAAGCUCUGCUUCCUGGACAAGGUUGAGCCAAAUGCCACCAUCGGGGAGAUCAAGUCUAUGUUCCACAAGAGCCAUCCUCAGUGGUACCCAGCCAGACAGUCCAUUCGCCUUGACCCCAAGGGAAAGUCUCUGAAGGAUGAAGACGUUCUCCAGAAUCUCCCUGUGGGAACCACUGCAACCUUCUACUUCAGAGACCUUGGAGCCCAGAUCAGCUGGGUCACGGUCUUCCUGACAGAGUACACUGGUCCUUUGCUCAUCUAUCUGAUGUUUUACUUCCGGGUUCCCUUCAUCUACGCACCCAAAUAUGACUUCACCACCAGUAAACACUGGGUCGUACAUCUGGCUUGUAUGUGUCACUCCUUCCACUACGUAAAGAGGCUGCUGGAGACGCUCUUUGUCCAUCGCUUCUCUCAUGGCACCAUGCCACUGCGCAACAUCUUUAAGAACUGCAGCUACUACUGGGGCUUUGCUGCAUGGAUGGCCUACUAUAUCAACCACCCGCUGUACACACCGCCCAUAUAUGGGGAGCAACAAAUAAGACUGGCCCUCAUCAUAUUCUUGUUCUGUCAGAUCGGCAACUUCUCUAUCCACAUUGCUCUGCGGAACCUCCGUCCACCAGGUUCGAAGACAAGGAAGAUUCCCUAUCCAACUAAGAAUCCUUUCACCUGGAUCUUCCUCCUGGUCUCCUGCCCCAACUACACUUACGAGCUGGGCUCUUGGCUUGGCUUCACACUGAUGACCCAGUGCGUGCCCGUGGCGUUCUUCACCCUGGUGGGUUUCAUCCAGAUGACCGUGUGGGCCAAGGGGAAGCACCGCAGCUACCUGAAGGAGUUCCGCGACUACCCUCCCCUCCGCUCACCAAUCCUGCCCUUCAUUUUGUAGAGGACUACAUGGCAACUCCCUUGUCCCAUCUAAUUUACCCCAGUUUAUAGGAGCCAAGUUCACCAACCCUUCCACCCAAACCCCAACCAAUCUUUUCCCCUCAAAAGGAAGAGCAUUCCUUCACUUUUCCCUUCCCCCAGCAUUUACACUGGAACUGAUCAGACUGACUGGGAAUGAAUCCAACCAUCCCUUUUUUUUCCUGUACCCACUUCUUCUGUACUUCACUUCCCAAGCCCUCAAUCCCAGUCAUGUUGAGGAGAAAGGUACAACACUAAACAUUUGCUCUGAUUAUUAUCAUUAUUAUUUUUUUUUCCUUAAAUUGCUAAUGAAGAACCCCCUCUGAUUGGCUGUAAUGACUUAUCUGUGUCUGAGCUUCCAGGAGUCUUUUUAUCUCCCAGGCUUUACAAUAUAAUUCUGCUCUUGAAUGACAGGCAGAACAGAGUGGGAAAGAUGUCCAACCACUCUGAUCCCAUCUAGCGCUGUUUUUUGUUUGUUUUGGGGCUGAAUCUUCAUCUAGUGAAGAAAUAAUCUAUAUGUAUUGAGUUUUGUUGUCCACAAAUCCAAAUUUGAAAAUACGACAACUUCAUGGUUGUCUUUUCUUUUGCAACUUGAAUUUUGUUGAUGUCUGACAAAGUAAUUUAUUAAAAAAAAGUUAACCAAAA